AUGUCAUGUGACUCAUUAGUAAUCCAUGACCAUGUGUUCAUGGAGGAGCAGGUGUGUCAAAUUUGUGGUGCAGCUCAACACUCUCUCUUACCGCUAGCAAACGAACAAAAUAAGAUAUCCAUCUAUCUAUCUAUCGAUCUAUCUAUCUAUCAUCUAGAUGACACUCGGUUUAUAUCUAUCUACCAUUAUCUAUUUGUUCAUAUCUAUUCAUCUAUCUAUCUAUCUAUCUAUUAUCUAUCUAUCUAUCUCAAUUUGAAAUAUCUAUCUAUCUAUCUAUCUAUCUAUCUAUCUAUCUAUUUAUCUAUCUCACACUUGUUCAUAUCUAUCUAUUAUGAUUUUCGGUUCAUAUCUAUCUACCUAUUAUCUAUUUGUUUAUAUUAUCUAUCUAUGUAUCUAUCUAUCUAUCUCCCACGGUUCAUAUCUAUCCAUCCAUCUAUCUAUGACACUCGGUUCAUAUCCAUGUCUACCCAUCUAUCUAUUUGUUCUAUCUAUCUAAAUAUGUCCAUAUCUAUCUAUCUAUCUAUCUAUCUAUCCAUCCAUCCAUUCAUCUAUCUAUCCAUUCAUCUAUCUAUGACACCUGGUUCAUCUAUCCUAUCCAUCUAUCCAUCUAUCUAUCUAUAUCUGUUCAUAUCUAUCUAUCCAUGUAUCUAUACACUCGGUUCAUAUCAUCUACCUAUCUAUCUAUGUGUUCACAUUCUAUCUAUGUAUCUAUCUAUCUCACACGGUUCAUAUUCAUUCAUCUAUCUAUCUAUCUUCUAUUCAUCUAUCUAUCUAUCCAUGAUCGAUUCAUAUCUAUCUAUUCAUCUAUCUAUCCAUCUAUCCAUCUAUUCAUCUAUCUCCCACGGUUCAUAUCUAUCUAUCUAUCUAUCUAUCUAUCUAUGA